CUUCCCCUCCCCUCUUUAGAGCCUUCUCUUCGUACUCAACCAGUCGCCAAGAAUUUGAAGUUCAGGGUUUAAUGGAUACCGUACCUACCUCCACUCCAACUCGUUCAGUAAAGUCCUCUGUUGGACCUUCAAACGUAUCAUCUUAUUUGGAUCCACUAUAUUGGGACAAAAGAUUCAGCUCUGAAGAACACUAUGAAUGGUUGAAAGACUACUCUCACUUCCGUCAUCUCAUUCAACUUUACAUCAAACCCAUUUCUCCUACUUCUGUUUUGGAGCUUGGUUGAGGAAAUUCUCAGUUAGGUGAAGAACUUCACAGAGAUGGGAUUACUGGUUUAACUUGCAUCGAUCUGUCUGCAGUUGCUGUGGAUGAUAUGCAGAAGAGGUUAUUAUCUAAGGGAAUUAAAGAUAUUCAAGUGCUGGUGGCUGACAUGUUAGACCUUCCCUUUGAAAAGGAAUCCUUUGAUGUUGUUAUAGAGAAAGGAACUAUGGAUGUAGUAUUUGUAGACAGUGGCGACCCUUGGAAUCCACGACCUGAAACAGUAAAGAAGGCAAUGGCUAUGCUUCAAGGAGUUCACCGGGUCCUGAAACCUGAUGGAGUUUUCGUAUCAAUUUCUUUCGGACAGCCACAUUUUAGACGUCCCUUAUUCGAAGCUCCAGAGUUUAGCUGGUCUAUUGAGUGGAAAACAUUUGGGGAUGGAUUCCAUUAUUUUUUCUACAUCUUAAAGAAGGAUUCAUGAUGGUCAUUUGUGCUGAGAUCUGAACUGCUAUUCUAUGAAUGGAGGUAUUUUCUUAAUUGGUCAAAGUAUUAGAUGAGAAGGAAACAUUUUUAUGGAGAGAUUUUGGGAUUAUAGAAUCUGUCACAUCAACCUUGGAAGCAUAAAAAUGUGAUAGAUCAGUGUAGGAGGGAGAACUGACAUGUUGCAUUUGAUAUUUCUACUUUAUAUCUUAUGUAUAUUAUUCGGAUUUCGGGGUUCCUGCUCUCAGUCUUGAUAGUAAAACUGAGGUUAGCGUUCUCUGAGGGUUUUAUAGGAGUUAGGGAGAAGAUUCUUACCUUAAUAGAGAUCGCUUUCAAGUCUAGAAAUGGAUCCAGGUAGGCACUGUUAAAUUUAUAAUUUGUUUCCUUGCUGCAUUAAUUUGUUGCUUAGGUUAUUCUACCAAACUGAGUCAGUUUGGAGUGUACAACACUGCAGGAAAUUGCUAGUCCUGCAAUGUUCUAUAGAACUUUCUUUCUAGAUAAAAUUCAUCUGUUUUGUUUACUAGGAAAUGAUGGGAUUUUAUGAUACGGUUCAGAAGGCUAUAUGCAGUGAUCGUUUAUCAUUUUGAGGUCCCAUUUAUGCCUUCUGUUCUCACAUUCCCAAGCUCCACAGUCACACCUCUCAGAUUUGCUGAUUGUGCAUCUAUCUCGCAGAACAGAAUCAUAAUUGUGGAGACAGCUCAUCCUAACUAUUUCUGUAGACUAUCUUUACAGGCUUUCAGGAAAGGCUGAACAUCCUAAUAAUACCUCAGUCAGGAUUGCCAUGAAGGCGUUACUGAGUUAUACCUUGUGGGUGUCUGUAUCAACGAGAUGAUUCCUGUUUAUAGAGCCUUCGCUGGAAAACCUUUGUCUUCAAACUUUCUCGUAGUUGCACGAAGCUGCUAAAAGAUCGAUCAGCUACCUCUGCACCUGCCCUUCUUGAAAAGUCAAAAGCUGGCCAUAAUCUGCCGAGGGGUAUAAGCUUUUCUAUAAUAUAUGUUAUGGCUCUCAUGAAGCUGCUGCUUCGCGACCAGUCUGCCAAGAUGCAAGGUGAGAUUCCAGCACCACCAGGUUUUCCUUGUAGCUACUAUGUGGAAGUUUUGGUACUUCUUGAAGCAUGGAUCCAAGAUGCAACAAUUCAUCUACCUGCCAUUAGACGUGACGGAACCACCACAAGAUCACAGACCCAGAAUAUUCAUAUUUUCUUGUUUAGUAACUUUCAAAACUGUUUUCUUGCAGCGACAUGUCAACUGUGUGGACAGAUGGAACUAAAUUUUUCGCAUGGAAUUCAAAUACUGCCAUGUA